UCGAUCAUUUCAACAGUAUAACGCUUCAGAAGUAGAACACCAUGGCUAGUGCAGGAUCAUCAGCUUUCAGACGCUUUCUCAACUCAGAAACGGGGCCAAAGACGAUUCACUUUUGGGCUCCAGUGCUCAAAUGGGCCUUGGUGUUUGCCGGUAUUAACGACACCUUCCGUCCAGUCGAAACCGUCAGUGGUACCCAGAACUUGUCUCUUCUAGCCACGGGAGUCAUCUGGACCCGUUGGUCGUUUGUGAUCAAACCGAAGAACUAUCUGCUUGCCUCUGUCAACUUCUUCCUUGCGCUCACUGCCGGGAUGCAAUUGACAAGAAUCACGCAGUAUAGAUUGAAAGAAGGCGACUCCCCUUCACAGAUUGUCGAUUAUAUCCUCAACGGUGCAAAGAAGCCAGUGGCUGCUGCCCAAGAGACGAAUAGCUCGACAAAGGCUGUCUCGUCUGCUUAACACAGUGGAAUGUCUUGAUUGAACUUAUUCUCGCGUGUGUGUGUAUGUGCGUGGUUGUAAUCAAAUAGUCCAACAGCAGCACCAGCCAUUGGCGUUUCAACAUGGAUCAAAGUCAACUCUUGGAAUUCUUCAAGGAUAAGACGCUGAUACUCAGCACAAUUAUGCAAGAAUGAACCGGUAUAGUGAAUGGUGAAUGGUUUUCCCAAAUGGUGUCGUGUAGCCCAUAAGUGUAGUGCUCUAAUAGCACUUUGGACGUAAUACGCUGCUCUUUCCAGUAUAAUAUGUGCAAUGGAGCCGAUAACACCAGGUU